AAUGGCUCCAUCGCUCUCCUCGGGGGCCCUGUGUGUGUGCGUAUGUGUGUGUGACAGGGGGAGAAAAAAAGGAAAAAGGGAGAGAAACGGAGAAAGAGAGAGAGAUCUGGGUUGCAGUUUGACCAGGUCUGAACACGGAACCAGGAGCACAGUGUAAGUCCACGGAUUGUUCCUUUUCUGGCCCCGGAGCGCGCACAAGGAUAUUUUUGGAUCGCAAAUAAAGAGUGCGCUGGAAUAGUGGAAAGCAGCCGGAAUGGUGAAUUCUGUGAGGAAUUGUCUGUGGAUUUAAUUCGCCGAGGAGCAGCUUCAUUCAUGUCACCAGACCCGCAGCUGAAGAGUGGAUUUGAACGUGAUUCAAAGUCCGAAAACAUUUAAGAGCGUGCGACUCGUGUAGCUUUUCGCGUGGGAUUUUGACAACAAAUGUCUUUGGUGUAGUUCAAAUCCGUAGUGCGUUUACAAACUAAAAGCAUCGCACUUUCCAAACAGUGUUCACAUGUAGGCUACUUGACAGCGUUCUUCUAAAAUGAAUGCGUUUCUGCGUAGCCUUGCGGUCGUUUGAUGUUCUCUGUUUUUUAAUGCAAUAUAACAUUGUGCCUUCAAAACUAAUGUUGUGGUUUUGCCACCAAUAUACGGUGCUCGGCUGUGCACACGCUGCACGGCAUUCGGCCAACAUUAAUGUUGCACGAUCUCAGAAAUAGUUUCAAAUCGCGAAGAUCUGAACGUAAAUAACUCAUCUAGAGUUUCAAGUUGUCGUAUGUUCAGGACGAAACGCUCAGGUCUUGUGCGGCGACUCUGGAGAAGCCGUUUGAUUCCAGAUAAAGAGGGGGGCGAUGGAUAUGGCAAAAGCGGCGAGGGGUCUCGAGACGAUCUGCUUGGCUCCAACCCAGAGAAAAUUCCCAAGACGGAGUUCAGACCGAUGACCCCGAGCGGGUCGCCUGGCGUGGACUAUGGGGAAGCGUGUACGAGGAAUCCCACUGCGAGCAGCGGUGGUGGCACCUCAGGGGGCGUUUUGGACCAAGACGGGGGUAUGGUGUGUGCGGUGGGAAGCCCUCGGUCUGUGCAGGACAGCGAUUGUAGAACAGUCACUUGCUGUUUAUUUAAAGAUCGGGACCAUCAUUCUGGCUCGAGAAGCCCGGAGCCAGGCUCGUGCCAGUUCGUGCUGAGGAACAUUGGCUCUUCUCGGGACCCCGGUCCUCUUGAGAGCCAGGAGACGAAACCUCGCUCCGUCAUGGAGCAGGAGCUCAAGACCGCCACCUAUUCGCUCUUAAAAAGGCUAAAGGAGAAAACCUUGGAUACUUUGUUGGAAGCCGUGGAGUCCAAAGGAGGCAUGCCGAGCGACUGUGUGAUGGUGUCGCGGACCGAGCUGCGGCUAGGCGGCCACAUGGCUCCUCCACAGCUGCUCAUCUGUAAGCUUUACCGGUGGUCAGACCUGCAGCACACGGCCCAGCUUAAAGCGCUCUGUGAGUGCAAGAGCUUCGGAGCUCAGGACGGUCCGGUGGUGUGCUGCAAUCCAUAUCAUUAUAGCCGACUCUGUGGGCCAGAGUCACCCCCUCCUCCAUACUCAAGACUUUCCCCCAGCGAAGAACACAAGCCACUGGAUCUGUCAGAUUCCACACUGUCUUACACUGAAACAGAGGCUGCCAGCUCGCCUAACGUCACCCAAGGGGAAUUCUCAGAUGCCAGUCUGUCACCUGAUGCCCCCAAGCAGAGUCAUUGGUGUAACGUGGCGUACUGGGAGCAUCGGACACGGGUGGGCCGCCUCUACACGGUGUACCAGCCCGCCGUCAGCAUUUUCUAUGACCUACCUCAAGGCACGGGCUUCUGCCUCGGCCAGCUGAGCCUGGACCAGCGCAGCAGCACCGUGCAGCGGACGCGCGGCAAGAUCGGCUACGGCUUGCUCCUCAGCAAAGAGCCAGAUGGAGUCUGGGCCUACAAUCGCAGCCAGCACCCCAUCUUCGUCAACUCACCCACCUUGGACGUACCAGGGAGCCGUAGUUUGGUGGUGCGCAAGGUGAUGCCCGGCUACUCCAUCAAAGUGUUCGACUACGAGCGCUCGUCCAUGCUCAGGCAGGGGGCCGAGUCUGAGCUGCUAGACGGACCGUAUGACCCGAACAGUGUGCGGAUCAGCUUCGCGAAAGGCUGGGGCCCUUGUUACUCCCGCCAGUUCAUCACUUCCUGCCCGUGCUGGCUCGAGAUCCUCCUCAACAACCACAGAUAACACAUACACACAUGGACUCAAUUGUGUUGAGAGACUUUCGGACUCCACAGACUAUCCCAAAUAUCAUCUACUUAGAUUUAAUAUAAAGUUUUAUAUAUUAUAAGAAAUAUAUAUUAUACUUGUAAAUACUGGAGUCAUUUUUACGAUGUAAUUAUUUAUGUAUGGUGCAAUGUGUACAUGGACAAGAGGAAAAAAACGGGAAAUGCACUUUGGCUUAUAUAUUAUAUAUAUAAAUAUCUAUAAAGAUAAAGAAUCUUUCAAUACCAAUUUGAAAAAUUAUACAGCAAAAAUAGGAAGAGCCUGGUUUUGGUGUAUAGUUUUCAUAUACUAUUAAUAUCCAGAUGAAAAGCUAACACCAUUCACACAUUGAUAAUAAAGUAUUCGCAUAAUAUUGUCGUGCUUUCUGUCUUUUACUUUUGUUUAAAAAUAUUUCAUUCUAAAUGGUUAUCUUACAUGAGUACUGCAUGGUUUCUUCAAAGACCUAAAUAAUCGUUUUUUUUUCUUGGUGUGAAAACAUCUAAAGAACCAUUUUCCACUGAAAAGAACCUUUUGUGCAAUGAAAAGUUUAAUGGAUGUUCAUUCGUGGAACCAUUGAUGCCAAUUUUUAUUUUUAAGAGUGUAAGCUGUCAUCUUCAUCUGAUAAUAGGCUUUGUGUUUUAUCACGAUUGUAUUUUACACGGCGUCCCAACCCAAUGCAACUUCUUUCCAGCAUUGUUCUGGGAGGCCCUGUCCACCAUGAAAUC